AUGUCAACUAAUAUUAGAGGAAGUAAAGGUGGUGUUCCUACUACUUCUACAUCUGGUAGUGGUGUUUCGACAAAUACAACUGCAGCCAAUACGAAUGCCAGUGUUAUUACAAGUAGUACUACUGCUACUACAACUCAUCAUAUAAGCAUAAGAGGUACAACCACCCCCAACAAGACAAAGAGUCUAAGAGAGAGUGCAAGCAACAUUAAUACGAGUACAGAUAAAAUUGAUAAUCAACAACAACAGCAACAGCAAUAA